AUGGCUCUUGCUGAUUUCUAUUCUUCUCGGAAUCGUUACAAAACAAGAGUGAUUCUCAACACAAUUGAUUCCAAUGACACAAUUGUUGGUGCAGCUGCAGCAGCGUUGGAUUUGAUAAAGAAAGAGGAAGUACAAAGCAUUAUAGGUCCAACAAGUUCGAUGCAAGCGAGUUUCAUGAUCGACGUUGGAGACAAAGCACAAGUUCCCAUAAUCUCAUUUUCUGCCACACGACCUUCCCUCACAUCCCAUCGCAGCCCUUUCUUCUUUCGAAUCGCCCAAGCUGAUUCCUUUCAAGUGAAAGCCAUUGCAGCCAUUGUCAAGGCCUUCAAAUGGCGAAAAGUUGUCCCAAUAUACGUUGACAACGAGUUCGGCGACGGUAUCAUCCCUUACCUUGUCGACGCUCUACAAGAGGUAGAUGCGAAUGUGCCAUACCAAACCCUCAUAUCUCCUACCGCCACCAACGACGAGAUCGAACUCAAACUUUCAAAUUUAAUGAAUUUGCAAACUCGAGUGUUUGUGGUGCACAUGUUACCUGACCUUGCUUCAAGACUCUUCACUAUGGCAAAAAAGAAGGGAAUGAUGGGUCGUGGCUUCGCUUGGAUAGUAACAGAUGCUAUCACAAACGAGUUUAAUUCGAUGGAACCCUCAAUUCUUGAUCAAUCAAUGCAAGGAGUUUUGGGAAUAAAAACUUAUGUCCCAGGAACCAAACGCCUUGAAUCCUUCAAACGUGGUUGGCAAAGAAGAUUUCUAAGCUACUAUCCAACCAUAGAAGAAAUUCCUGAGCUGAAUGUGUUUGGUUUAUGGGCUUAUGACACAGCUUGGGCAAUAGCCACCGCAGUCGAGAAGGCAGGCACCGACAAUCUUCGAUAUAGCAAGCCCAAUAAUGUUACUCUUACCGCCACCAUGAAAACUGUUCUCGGUAUCAAUCAAAACGGUCCCAAGUUGCGAGAAGCGUUAUCAAAUGUUAGGUUUAGGGGGUUAGCUGGUGAGUUCAGUCUGGUCAAUGGCCAAUUACAAUCGUUCGUUUUCGAGAUAGUGAACGUGAUCGGUAACGAAAGAAGAAGCGUGGGGUUUUGGACUCCAAAAGCUGGGCUGACAACAAGUCUACGGCACUCAGGGAAAGAAAGCGUGUUGAGACCGAUCAUAUGGCCGGGAGAUACCGAGAAGGCGCCAAAAGGGUGGGAGAUUCCGACGGGUGAGAAGAAGUUAAGAGUUGGGGUUCCAGUGAAGGAUGGAUUUUUAGAGUUUGUGAAUGUGGUUCGUGAUCCAAAAACAAAUGCAACCCAAGUGAGUGGUUAUUGUAUAGAUGUUUUUAAGGCUGUGAUUGAAGCUUUGCCCUACGCUGUUACUUAUGAAUUCAUUCCUAACGACAAAUCUAAUGCACAUCCUGGUGGUACUUACAAUGAAUUGACUCAUCAGCUCUUCCUUGGGAAGUUUGAUGCUGUGGUGGGUGACAUAACGAUCCGAGCCAAUAGGUCUGAGUACAUAGACUAUACAUUACCAUUCACAGAAUCUGGCGUGGCCAUGGUCGUGCCGAUGAAGAGCAGCAAGAACACUAGCGUGUGGGCUUUCUUAAAGCCUCUCACUUGGAAGUUAUGGGUCGUUAUAGGCAGCUCCUUUGUAUUCAUGGCAGUUAUUGUUUGGACACUCGAACAUCGAGUCAACGAGAAAUUCAAUGGAAGUGCUGUUGAUCAGAUUUUUAACAGUCUUUGGUACUCUUUUUCCACCAUGGUGUUCGCUCAUCGAGAGCGUACAUACAACCACUGCACCAAAAUUGUGGUAAUAAUAUGGCUGUUUGUGGUUCUUAUCAUUACACAAAGUUACACUGCAAGUUUGGCUUCACUUUUGACGGUCCAAGAGCUCAAAACAACUGUAACUGAUAUCAAUCAGCUUCUUAAAAAUGGAGAGAACGUCGGGUAUCAAGGAGGUUCUUUCGUUUACGAGAUUCUCAAGUCGUUGAAGUUCCAUGAUUCCCAACUCAAAACUUAUCAAUCUCCAGAACAAAUGCAUGAACUUUUUCUCAAAGGAAGCAUCAAUGGCGGAAUUUCUGCUGCUGUGGAUGAAAACCCUUAUAUUAAGUUGUUUCUUGCCAAAUAUUGCUCCCAAUAUACCACCACCGAACCCACUUACAAAGCCGAUGGAUUUGGUUUCGGUUUUCCGAUAGGCUCGCCGUUAGUACCUGACAUUUCGAGAGCGAUUUUGAAGGUAACGGAGGGUGAUAGAAUAAGAGAGAUCGAAAACGCAUGGUUCAAGAAGGUGAGAGAAUGUUCGAGUUCAGAAGCCGCUGAAUUGUCUUCUACCCGCCUCAGUAUCGACAGUUUUGAGGGACUUUUUCUCAUAACCGCCGGUACUUCCAUAUCUUUUGUGGUCGGUUACCUUGUCUACUUUCUCUACAUAGAACUGCCGAAAUCUUGGAGAGCUAACCCUUCCUUAUGGACAGUAUUAACCCACUUGUUUUCCACGUUCAUGGCUAUAGAUGACGAAGCUAUAGCUCUUCGAAAAAGUCACUGACACCUAGAUUGACGAAAAUUCUUCCUGGAUUUUUCUCGAGUGAAAUGCACACCUAUGAAGAUAGAUACAGUAAUCCAGAAUACAUCAACAUGCUCUUUCAAAAAUCUUAUUGAAUUAUUUUGUUUGGUUUAAUUUAGAACUUUUUUUUUCAUUCAACAUGAGAGUGUUGAGGGAUUCCAACCUCUACCUAUUCACUUACUUUUGACAAAUGAUUCAUUUAUGUUUGUGUAAAAUGAAUAUAAUAAAAAACAUUACA